AUGUAAGCCUUAUAUUGUGAAGACAAAGAACAUUUAGAUAAUCCUCUCAAUUUAUUUUGUUUAGAAGCAGAAUGUUUAAAUAAAGGAUUAAUCUGUUCAUUUUGUUUAUUAAAAUCUCAUUAAGACCAUGUUAAAAAUGUAUUCCCACUUAAAACAAUUGUUCAAAGUCUUAAUAAAGCUAAUAAUCCUAAGAAUUAAUAAGAAUUGCACAAUAAAGGUAAUGAAAUAUUUGCAAAGCAUCACAAUAUAAAACAAACCUUCAGAUAAAACUUAAUUGAAAUAAAGGAAAUCCUUAAUAAAUUAGAAAAAGAAAUAGAGAAAUAAAUUAAAUUACUUGAUUUGGAAGCAGACUUAUUUGUAGGAGAUGCUUUUGAAAAAUCAAUAUCAAUGUUGAAUAUGGAUAAAUUAUCAAAAAUAUAGAUAGAACAGGCAAUCGAGAAGAUUGAACCACUUUUAAAAACAUGUGAUGGAUAAAUAUGGAUAUUGAGAGAUACUGAAGUUAAUUAGUAGGCUCAAAAACUCAUAAAGACUGCUGAAGUUAUUGAAAGAGAGAGUAAAUAUUGGUUGGAGAAAGUAAUAUAUCUUAAUAUAUUUUAUUAGUGUUUAAUUGAUUUGAAAAAAUUAUAUGAAACUUGUUAACAUCCAAUAAAAAAAUAAGUUAAGAUAUAGAGCAGUCAAAAUAGAUAUCAAUUAACAUAUGAAUAAUGGAAUUUAAAAGAGACUGAUGCCAUAUGUUUAAGAUCAAAAAAGAAACAUGAUAUUUGGCUUUCAGGUGUAGGUUUAUAUGAGAUUACAACUUGGCCAGAAUAAGAGUUAGUAUUUUAAGUGCAAAUAUUUGAAGGAUCAAAUCUUAAUAGGUAUUAUAUUAUUUUAAUUAGUAAAAAAAUAAUUUACUAAGACAAAUUUGUAAUUAAGAAUGACAUGGAAUUUGUAAAUCAUAUUGGUAAAAUGUAUUUCAAAAAAGCAAUUAAAAUUGAAUAUGAUAAACCUUAUACUAUUGGUAUUUUCUACAUAUUAAUAUCUAGCUUUGACACCUAAUCAAAGUUGUUUAAGUUAUUAUGGAGCCAAUGGAAAAUUUGAGACUGAUGAAUUUCAAUUUGAAGAACCUACAUUUAGUCAAGAAUUUAGUGAUAAUUCAACAACUAUUAAUUAGGGUGUAGUUCCCUAAUUCUUUUACGAGGAGUGAUGU